UUUUUUUCUCAUUAAAAUUUAUAAUUACGACUGACUCUAAUGAAUGUGUUUUUUAAAGUGUGGUAUGAGUCAAUAAUCAAUUAGCACUUGGUCUACUGUUGGGUGAAUAAUUUCAUCUGUACAUGUUAACAAUUCUCAAAGAUUGAUGUGUAUUUUAUUGAUCGCAUAGUGUUGAAAUGUUUGUAUCACUACGGAAUUCGAACAGCUCGGGAUGAUAUUUAUAUUCUAAAGGAAAUAUUUGGAUCUAAAUGUGAAGUCCGAUGUCUUGAUUACAUUAUACAAAUUCAAACAGUGUGAGGCUAAUAUUUACAUUCGUAAAGAAAUUUGUGGAUAUAUUUAUGAGAAGUCUGAAGUCCUCAUGCACAUUAUACAGAAGUCAUUGAUGACCAGCACUGCUAGUGGACCAGAUGGUUUAAGAAUUAUUGUUUUCUUAAGGCCAUGAACUUCUUGUUAGUAGUAUUUUUACUGUUCACUUGGUCAGCACAGACCAGAGGUGGAGUCUACCCCAUGUCUCACGAGAAGAGACUCAUCCGAGAUUUGAUCGGGAACUACAGCGAGAGGGGUAAAAUGGGUCGCCCCGUUCAAGAACAGAAUGACACCAUCACUAUUUACUAUGGCAUGUCACUCAUACAGUUAGUGGACCUGGACGAGAGGAACCAGGUCUUGACUACCAAUGUCUGGGCCACUUAUAACUGGACUGACAUUUAUUUGGCCUGGAAUGAGUCAGAAUACGGAAACAUCACCAAGGUCCGUGUUAACAACGACGAUAUUUGGAAACCUGACAUCAAAUUAUACAAUUACGCCGACACGAGACUAGAAGAGAAACGGGAAACACUGUGUGUCAUCUCUAGCAACGGUGAAGUGGCCUGGAUUCCACAGGCCGUCUUCAUGAGUUCUUGUUCCAUAGACAUCAGGCAUUUUCCUUUCGACAUUCAGACCUGUCACAUGAAAUUUGGGUCCUGGACUUACGACGGGUCCAAAUUGGAUUUACAGUUACACUACGAGGAAGGGUUUGAGCUGACAGACUACUUAGUCAGCAAUGAGUGGGAUAUCAUCUCCUAUGGCGCCAAGAGGAAUGUCAAGUACUACUCCUGCUGUCCGGAGCCUUAUGUUGACCUGUUGUUCACCCUGAUCAUCCGCCGCAAGGUGGCGUUCUACAGCUACAUCUUGAUCCUUCCCUGCGUCCUGCUUUCCAGUCUAACUUUAGUCCUCUUCUGGCUGCCUCCGGAAUCUCCCGCCAAAAUGCAGCUAGGAAUGAAUAUUUUCGUUGCCUUCUUUAUUUUGUUGUUGUUGCUGGCAGAGUCAACUCCCCCUGCUGCGUCCAGUAUUCCUUUGAUUGGUGCUUACUACUGUUUGAACAUGAUUCUAAUUACAUUGUCUACAUUAAUGUCUGCCGUUGUGGUUCACUUAUAUUUCCAUGGGCCAGGAACCAAAGUACCUCGGCUAUUUAGAAGGCUCAUGUUGGAUGUCUUCGCCAGGAUCUUCUGCAUGCAGAAAACGUUGAUGGACAAGAAAGAGAGAGUUGAAAGGAGAAACAGCGUGGCAUUUGGAUCAGGUUCAAAUCCCGCCGUGGACGGCCACACGAACCCGGCCAUGGACUCGAGUAGGUCCAAGGACAAAAGGCACCAGUACGAUCGCGUGGGCGUGUUCGAGCUGCAGCCUGAAGAGAAUUGGAAGCCCCUGAACAACGGAGUGCCUGGUGAGGUGGAGGUGACAGACCGCCUCUCGCCCCUUCCCGCCCACUACUCUCAGCUGGAGGCGGAUGUCAGAGACAUCAAGCAGACUCUCAAUCAGAUGGUGGAGAAGAACGCAGCCAAGGUCCACAAGGAGUACCUGGCCAGGGAGUGGAAACUAGUCGCCCUUGUCCUGGACAGGUUCUUUUUCUUCCUGUACCUCCUGGCCGUCGUAGUGUCCGUUCUGGCUCUGUUCGACUUUGUUGGUACUGCUGAUCUGACCAACAUUGAGACGGACAAGACGUGAUCCCGGUACAGCUGCUAAUUGUGUUGUUUUACGAAACGAAAAGAUAAUAAAUUUUCACGCUGUGAUCAGUAUUGGUAUGCAAAGAAUGCAAUGACUUGAGGAAUCAACAUUUAUAUUUUUACCAGCACAGAUUCAUCUGUAAUUUCACUAAGAAAAUUCUUUACUUAGCCUCUUAUUGGACUAGACUUGUUUUAAUAGCUUGCAUUAGUAAUAUCUGCUUCAGUGUAUUUCUGUAUGUGUAAUAUGUUAACAGAUAAUAGCCAUAGCAUUAUCAAUAGCGACAUUUGUGAAAUACAGUUGUUGCUUUUUUCCUUGAUGUUCCAUCGGACCAGCCUGGCAUUAAACUUUUAAAGAACUUCAUUAGUGGAAAGUCUGAGACCUAUAUCAAAUAUAGCACUCAUUACAAUAGCAUGCCUCCAUUGCCUUCUAUGUAUUCAAAUAGUCAUCAUCUUUUUUAGUAUGAAAUGUUAAGUGAUAACAACAAAUACUGCAAACUCUUAACUCACGUUCACUCUUAUUGUAACAUCGAAAAAAGUGUAGAUAUCAACUGCACACAAUAAUUCCAUUGUUGGUUGGUAUCUUGUGAUACUCUUUUUAGUUAACUGUAUAAAGUCUGUAUUUGGACUACAACACGGGAUUAUUGGUUGGAUUAUGUUUAAUCAAGAAGAAUGACCAGGAAUGUGUUAUUUUAGGAAAUCUCCCCCAAAAUAAUAGUGACUCAUUCUCUUUUAAUAAAAAAAAAAUAAUUUCUCAAUUAUUUUUACGAUGGCAGAAUGAAAUUAUGCUAGAAAUCUAUCUCCCGUGCACUACAUUAGUUAACGAUCUAUGUUGUCAACUUUUAAUUAGCUGUUUUUUAUUUUUUUUUUUUUUUUUGGUUAGAUAGAGUUGACAUGUUUCCGCUAUAAAUCAAACAGCUGUAACAACCAUGUUAUAAUUGCUUACAGGUGAGGCUCAUUAUAAAUUUAAUAAACUUAACGAAAUAUCACUUCCUCCAUUUCUAAAUGAAUUAAAAGUUAUUGAUUUGUGUCAUCUUUUGCUGUGAUAUCUGUAAUAUUGAUCUAUUAAAACUGCUGCCAACUACUGUAGUUCGAGAUUCCGGGUGACUCUGUGAAAAUAUUUUCUUUUAUAUAGUUAUCUUUUAAUGUUUUAUUAUAUUUAUAUGAAUACAGCGAAUACAUCUUUGAUAUUUUUAUCUUUAUGAAUGGACGUCAUGUACAAUAUUGCAAAUUUGUUUUUUUUUUUACUGUAUUCGGUUUGAAACGUUGAUGGUACAAAUUGUAAGUCUAUUUGUAAUGUUUGAGAUAAAAUAAUGCUCUGAAAGAGAUUGCUUUAACGCUUGUAUUUUACGCCAGAAAAAAACAAUUUUUAUAUAAAAGUUGGGGUUUAUCAAUGUUGUUGUAGUCCAACAAACGUUUAAAAAUAUAAUCUUCGCUCGACAUGACCUUAUGGCAGUGAAAGAUUUAAAAUUUAAAAUUGGCAUUUGUAUAGUGAAACGAAGUAACACUUUGAUAUUCUUUCUCAUAAUUCAAUGUGUUGCCUAGACACAGGGCUAGAUUUACUUAUAGGCAACACAAGCUGCGGCAUAGGGCCCCGAAGAAAGAGUCCAUAUCUCAAAUAGCUAAGAGCCUUUACAAGUAUAAAUCCCUCACUGCCUAGACAUUUGAGCUUCUUAACGUUUGUUAUUGUAGUGCUGUCACGUGAGAUGUGCCUGUCACGUGACUUCAUUUCGUAUGCAUCCGAAAACUGGAAAAAAAAACUUUUCAAGUAUUUCACUUCAAUAAACUGUCUAGAUGUGUGUUUGUGUGUUGACAAGCAGAUGAUCUGAUUUCACUUCAAUAAACUGUCUAGUUGUGUGUGUGUGUUGACAUCUGAUUUCACUUCAAUAAACUGUCUAGUUGUGUGUGUUGACAUCUGAUUUCACUUCAAUAAACUGUCUAGUUGUGUGUGUGUGUUGACAUCUGAUUUCACUUCAAUAAACUGUCUAGUUGUGUGUGUUGACAUCUGAUUUCACUUCAAUAAACUGUCUAGUUGUGUGUGUGUGUUGACAUCUGAUUUCACUUCAAUAAACUGUCUAGUUGUGUGUGUGUGUUGACAUCUGAUUUCACUUCAAUAAACUGUCUAGUUGUGUGUGUGUUUUGACAUCUGAUUUCACUUCAAUAAACUGUCUAGUUGUGUGUGUGUGUUGACAUCUGAUUUCACUUCAAUAAACUGUCUAGUUGUGUGUGUGUGUUGACAUCUGAUUUCACUUCAAUAAACUGUCUAGUUGUGUGUGUGUGUUGACAUCUGAUUUCACUUCAAUAAACUGUCUAGUUGUGUGUGUGUUUUGACAUCUGAUUUCACUUCAAUAAACUGUCUAGUUGUGUGUGUGUGUUGACAUCUGAUUUCACUUCAAUAAACUGUCUAGUUGUGUGUGUGUUUUGACAUCUGAUUUCACUUCAAUAAACUGUCUAGUUGUGUGUGUGUGUUGACAUCUGAUUUCACUUCAUCUCAUUGACGUUUGUUCCAUCCAAUAUUUUCUCAUCACGUUCAGAACUUCGUAUUAUCUUAUAAUAUCUUGUAAUAUUAUCUUAUUAUAAUAUAAGCCUUGUUGUAUAUCUUAUUAUAUGUCUUAAAGGAACAUUCUAGAUAUUUGUUUUAUAUUCGCCAAACAGAAAACUCCUUGAGUACAGUGGAAUGUCUCCACAAAAUCUGAGACCAACCAAUAAGUGAACGACAACAACAGAAACUUUGUAGGGAAUAAAAACUAAGAAAUACGUUUCAUUUCAUUGUAAUAAUGUGAAUAAAAGCUAAUAUAACA